UGCACUUUUCAAACCAAACCACUGUUUAAAUGAAAGUUUUUGGUAGGAAAUGGUCUCUGAAGUCAUUGUUUGAAAAGUCAGACACUAUUUGUCAAAACAGGGAAUUAGAGGGGAAUCUCAAACUUCCAGUUCCUUUAUUUAGCAUCACUUUUAUGUUUCACUUUCGUUGAGACAAACAUUUUGGUUAUUUCAUUAGUUUCUGCCAAUCAUUACACAUCACAUCAGUUUAAACGUUAAUUUUUUUCAAUUGAAAGUCAAAUAUUUUUUAUUAAUAAUGUAUUUUACAACAAGAAUUAGCAUUUUAUGUGUGAUAAGUGUGUUAACGAUUGGUGUGAUUGAGUGCCACCCGGGAGGCGCCCCCGAGACGGUGUGCAAAGGUCUUGUGCCCAACCAUUUGGUGCCCUCACAGACCGCUGCCUCGCCUUACGUAUUGGUUGGACAGCAGAACAGCGACUCAAUUGAGCUUAUCAUUGAAAGUUCACAAAACACACCUUUCCGUGGGUUUGCAGUUCAGGCACAUCUGACCAACGGAUCCAAUGGAUUCAAUGGCGCCGCUCUGGGAAAGUUUGUGCCUAAAGACAGUAAUAUACAUACAAUCAAUUGCUUCGGACAACAAGACAAUACGAUAACACAUUCGGACAGAAGUGACAAACACCGAGUGUCUGUGGUUUGGGUCCCACCCGAAGACUUACCCAAAGGAACUCACAUUCUGUUUGUGGGCACUAUUGUGAAGGACAAGAAGACCUUUUGGACGAAUCAGACCUCUCAACACAUUAUCAUCAGUUCUCACGAAGCGAUCAAAGGAGGAAACAAUGUAGACUCGGAUCACUCCGAUCACCAUAAGGUUCAUAACAAAGAUCACAAGACUAAAAGUGUUGUCAGCGGUUCUCUCGCCACUGUUUUUCUAACAAAUGUGUUCGCGGGUGACAAUAACCGAGGUUACAGAGCACUGUAUCCGUUAUCACUGUUCACUUCGGUCACUGUUGACCACAACGAGUGCGAAGCCAUAAGUGACAAAAAUGAGACCACUUUUGGCACGUGUUAUACGCGUGAAGAGUGUGUUCAACACAAUGGCGUGCAAAGGGGUAACUGUGCCAAUGGAGACGGCGUUUGUUGUGUCUUCGAGAACAGUUGCGGAAAGACAGUAAACGCAAACGUUUCCUAUUUUUUGAGUCCCGAUUAUCCAAACGCUUUUAACGAACCCUUCAGUUGUACUCUAAAAGUCCAAAAACUGCACUCAAAUGUGUGUCAAUACAGAGUAGAUUUUAUCGAGUUUGAAAUCGCAAAUCCAAUCGAUUAUAGGCAAGAGUUGCGAGAACUUAAUUUCGGAUCAAUCAAUAGUGAGUCCAACUGUAAGGAAGAUCUGUUUGUAGUGACCCAAUCCAACCGCAAUCAACCCAUACCUGUAUUGUGCGGCACAAACACUGGACACCACUUGUAUAUUCCGGUCGACGAAUCGGACAGUAAUGUCAUUGCAUUCACUGUUUUGACAGGAAUUCGACAAAUGGAUAGAAAGUGGAGAAUAAAGAUAACACAACUUCCCUGCGAUUUGCCGCAGGAAUUCUUGGACAUCGAUUACUCGAUAUGUAUUCGGAAACCGAAAAACAUGUGUUAUUACUCAAAUUGCUUGCGUGGCCUUCACGUUUGGUAUCGCCUAGCGCGUCCGUUGACCGAACCCAUACUGGUUGGCGACCCUUCCCUUUCAAUGUCGGCCCCCUUUUUCGACACAUCCGAAGCACUGUUGCCAUUGAGAGCGAGAGCCGCUUUCUAUCCGCGCCGUACCUCUCGUCGAGACGGUGUCUGUCAGAGCGACCACUACUGGAUCACAUAUCCCGGAUCUAAUCGGAUUUGUUCGUACGAUUUGGAACCACUCAUCUCUCCUGUUAUAACGACAAAUUCCCAUCAAGUCAUUCAUUUCCAUUCCUCCACAUGGACUCAGUUCACCACAUUCACAGACCUCAAGACAAUGCCGCGCGGGUUUGCCAUGGAGUUCGCGCACUCGCCCUGUACUCAUCUAAUCGUCUGA